AUGAGUGAAGAGAUACCAAUGAGUUUAAGUGUACCAACACAAGGAACACAAGGAUUUGAUAGUAUUGAGGAUGGCUUAGCAGAUGACGGGAAUUGUAAUCGUCAAUCGAAUAUAUGGGGUCGAUUAUUAUCAAUAAAUAAAUUUUUUCAAUCAAUUGAUUUAAUAGAUAAUGAAUAUACAUUAGGUCGUGGUAAAACAUGUACAAUAGUAUUGGAUUCGAAUGAACUUCAAACAUCAAAAUAUUUUCUUGCUUAUUCAUCAAAACAUUUUCAAAUCAUUCGUGAUGCGACAAAAAAUGAUGUGUAUAUUAUUGAUUUAUCAUCCAAUGGAACAUAUAUAAAUGGAGAAAAAAUUGGAAAAAAUAAUCGACAUGCUUUACAAAAUAAUGCAGAAAUUGCAUUAGCAUCAAAAACACAUCGAACUUAUAUUUAUCUUGAUGCAAAGGCUCAUGAAGAUUUAUCAUUUCCAGCUAUUGUUAGAGAUAAAUAUAUUAUCUCCAAAGAAAUUGGACGUGGAGCUUAUGGUGAAGUCAAAUUAUGCUUUACUCGAGGUAAAACAACAAUGAGUAACUAA